AUGGCUCUCACCUUUAACACAUCUUCAGAGCAGAAAAGACUCACGCAGACUCCCCUGCUGAAGAUCUGGGUGCCGUGGAUAGGCUGCAACUUGAACCGAAGGAGAGGAUGUAAGUGCAGAAAAAACUAGAGUAGAAGAAGAGCAGGAUUCACUGACCUGCUCUUCUGUCCUGCUGAUGUUUGUGCUGCUUUUACUCGACUCACUUCUGAGUGAAAUAAUAGGGUCUGUUGAUUUAUACUUGUACAUAAUGAGACUGAUUGUUAAUCUACUCUUUGUAGUAGCUUAUUGCAAGUUUAGAAGUACAACUUUGUUAUUAUUUGUAUGGAAUAAUACUUUAAAAAAACAACUUUUCCAAAUUUCAUGAAGUUAACUACAUGAGUCUCCUAUCUUUUCUCUACCAUAUUAUUGGCAUUUGGAUAAAACAAAACCCAAAAGUUAAAACUAAUUACAUUUAUUCUUUUGUCCUUUUUAAACAAAAAUAAGUGUAUCCAUAUUUUGAACCAGUCUUAGUUCUUUGAGAAAUCUUUAUUUUCAGCUUAACUGAGAAAAAAAAAAUUCUUAAUAGUGUUUAGAGUUUUGAUUUUUAACCUCACAUUGAUGGAUCACAUCAAAAAAGAAAUCAUAGUGACUUUGUUGUCAUCGCCCGACAGUAUGAUGAAAGUCGGAGCUUCUUUAAGUGGUGCACAUGAACAAUAAGAGACGCAUUAGUUAUAUGUAUUAUUAUUACUGGAACCUGAUGUUGCUUCAGGCCAGGCCUCAGUCCUGUCAGGGGGGGAUGCAGGUAGUCUGGCAGCAGUCUGAGAGACACAGGAGUCAGUCACGGGAUGAGAGCCAGACCAGACUGGAGUUGGCUCUGUGUUCAGCGUCUGACACGGUCCUUUGAGCAUUUUGCUGACGCAGCAUACUCCAUUCAUAAUCGAACCCCCUGGAGGCUGACACCCUGUCUGUCCCUGUAUAGACACACUCUGACACAGAGGCCAUCCGGGUAACUUUUGUGGGUCCAGUCUGCAGUCUGCCUUAUAAAGUAGUGGCAUUUUUUUGACCUCAGAGACAGACGAGAAUGCAGUGACUGGGUCAUGAGUGGGUAAGAAACGCACAAAAGCUUUAAAUUUGACCGAAAAAUCUCAUGGUUGUGUGUUCCUGUAAACAAAGAGCGAUGUCUCCCUCCAGUAGGUUUUUCUAUGUGCAUGAAAUAUAUCAGAAUAAGGAAAAAGCCUCAAACCAAAGCUUUAGACGUGCUGUGUUGAUGUGACAGUAGCUGGCAGCGUUUUUGUGUGUGGCUGAUCUCAUUUGUCACCAUCUGCAGGUAGGAGAAUGACGUUUAAACACACCUGGAGGGUGACUCUCUACUGUAAAUGUCUGCCAUCUGCUGCAGUAGUCUGUGCUGUUUCUAUCAGAGCAGAAGUAGGAGGAGCAUCUAGAGUUGUAUCUCUUCUUUGGAGGCGUUUUAACUCCUCUUUAGUGAAUAUUCAAUCAUUUUUCUUGUUUGUUUAGUUUGUUUGGAGAUAAGAUUUAUGAUAAGUUGAAGAAGAUCACCCUAGCAGCGACAAACUCAGCAUAUGCUGUGUUUGUAGCUGCACAGAUCCUCAGCGGCUCUGAAUUCUGAGUUUAUCUGACCUUUCUAAACACCAAGCUGAUGCUUAUCUGCCGAGUCCUGGAGCACUUUGGUUUUAAUCGCCCCCUCCGUCUAAGAUAAUGUUCUUAUUGUGUGUCUUCCUCAGCCUCGGUGCCUCAGUUCUGUAACUCUCCCACCAUGAUUGUGAUGGUGGGGCUGCCGGCCAGAGGGAAGACGUACAUCUCCAAGAAGCUCACACGCUACCUGAACUGGAUCGGGGUGCCGACGAAAAGUCAGUUUUCAAAGUGAAACCAUGAAAUCCUGAUCAGAGAAGCAGAGAGGAAACAAGGAGUCAUGUGUUUUGUGACUGUAUGAGCUCAAGGAUAUUUUGUUAACCUCUCUGUCUCUUAUCUAAAAAAAAAAACAGUGUUUAAUGUGGGCCAGUACCGCAGGGAGGCUGUGAAGAUCUACAAGAACUUUGAGUUCUUUAAACCUGAUAACGAAGAGGCCAUGAGGAUCCGCAAGUAAGGAGAAUCAUAUAUUUAUCCAGAUGCUCAGAUGCAGUAGAUUUAUACAGUCUGAUUUUCUGUCACUCUUUAGUUUAACAUGCACGCUCUCUCUUGCACAAUAUUUGCCGUUGUUGAUCAUAACUAAGUUCAGGGUGUGUGUUUGUUUUUCAGGGCCUGUGCAGCAGCCGCCCUCAAAGAUGUCGCUGCGUACUUUUCAAAGGAAAAAGGACAAGUAGCUGUGAGUCGAUAGAAAACUGGAACUGUUCCUUUAAUUUCAGUGAAACACACAGUGGAUCUGUCUCAGUGUAGGCUGUUCAGACUGACUGAGUCCUGUCUCAUUCAGGUUUUUGAUGCUACCAACACCACCAGAGAGAGGAGGGCGAUCAUUAUUAGUUUAGCCAAGGAGAAGGGCUACAAAGUGAGUAAAGACUGAAUCAUCUACUACUGCAGCUUCACUUUGAAUCUCAGUCUGUUUCAUUAGUUUGCGAAUUCUUUGAGAGUUACGUCAAAUCAAAAAGAAUGUGGUGUGGUUGAAGGUCACAACAUGAUUUAUACAGCUGACUCCUUCCUCUUAUGCAGGUGUUUUUCGUCGAGUCCAUCUGUGAUGACCCUGAAAUCAUUGCAGAGAACAUUAAGGUGAGAAGCAUCUCUACGUCACAUCAGUGUAAAAUGUUUUAUUUUUAAUAAUAGAAGGAAAAAUGUUGAUAAAUCUGUCUUUACUGUCCAGCAAGUAAAAUUUGGGAGUCCAGAUUAUGUGGAUCGAGACAUUGAUGAAGCCAAUGAAGACUUCAUCAAGCGCAUUGAUUGUUACAGAGCCAGCUACAUGCCCAUCGACGACGAGAAGGACAGGUACUGACGCCAAGUUCAGGUCAGGUUAGCUGGUUUUCCCAUAAUUCCUGUCUAAUCCAUGUUUGUGUCGGUUCUCUUUGAACAGGAAGCUCUCCUACAUCAAGAUCUUCGACGUGGGCAGUAGAUACCUGGUGAACCGGGUCCAAGACCACAUUCAGAGCAGGAUCGUGUACUACCUCAUGAACAUCCACGUCACACCCAGAUCCAUCUACUUGAGCCGACACGGGGAGAGCGAACUCAACCUGUUAGGCAAGAUUGGAGGAGAUUCAGGCCUCUCACCCAGAGGACAGAAGGUACGACGACUGCAGAGUACAGACGGAGUUUAUGAAAUUAAAGUCCUGAGGCAAACUUCGAUGAUUUAGACUCUUCGACUGUCUGUCAAAUAAGUGUUUCCAUGGUUACUCCUACUGCAAAGUCUCACUUCCAGAUUUCAAACUUCACAUUCAUUCUUUUCAGUAUGCCAACGCCCUCGCCACAUUCAUCAGAAGUCAGAGAAUCAGUGACCUGAAGGUGUGGACGAGUCACAUGAAGAGGACCAUUCAGACCGCAGAGACUCUGGGAGUCCAGUACGAGCAGUGGAAGGCCCUCAAUGAGAUAGAUGCCGUGAGUUUAGAAAUAUGUACAGCAGGAAUAUGUUUCUGAGUUUGUCUGUGUGGGAAUUUGGGGCGUUUUUACGCCUGGAGACCUUGUUUAAAAUUCCCAGAAUUACAAAAUUACCACUGCAGGGGAAUUUUAAUUAUAACUGAGAGCAAAACAAUAGCAGUAAAGAAAGUUUGCUCAGCGUCUCCAUCUGUUUAUCAUCAGCAGAAGAGCUGGAGUUAAAAAAAAACAUCUGCUAGUUUAGUUCAGAGAUUUUUUUCCUGCUUGUAACACGCAAUAACUUGUUCCUCUCGUGGUGAUUUGUAAUGUAACUCCUUUUCUUACAUAAGGGUGUGUGUGAGGAGCUGACCUAUGAGGAGAUUCAGGAGAACUUCCCAGAGGAGUUUGCACUAAGAGACCAGGACAAGUAUCGAUACCGUUACCCCAAGGGUGAGGUGAGUGCUCCUUCAAUUUACCGACAGUAUAUAUUUCUAAGUGAACUGCAGCUGUAUCCCUGAGAGUUUUCAGGACACCUGCUCACACACAUUCACACAUCAACACUUCUCAGUUCAGCCACGGUCUGAUCUGCCAGUUUCUGACUAAGUUUAGUCAGAAUUACAGGAAUUGUUGAACAAUUUGGGAAAUACCGUAUUACCUUUCUUGCAAGGAGUGAGAUGGAGAGAUGAUAACACCGUGCGGAGCACGGCUCUUUAGCCAGGAGAUGGUUAGAUAAGCUCAGUAUAAACACUUGAAUUAAAGGGGAACAGCUCCAAUAAUAACAGUGUCAUGGUUUUAUGAGGGGUUAUGUCCCGGACUCUGAUUACUUUAUUGGCAAGCUCACUGUGAUGACGACACUCCAGGAAGUCUUUCUGUUUCGGAAAGGAAAACAAGCGCUGGUGUGACGCAUACUUCCAGGAUGUAGAAAUGAUCUGUUGGAAGUAAAGUUUUGAUCCGAGCACAGAGCCCUCAUCAAAUGUAAAGUAGGAUAAAUCCUGUUUAGAAAUUGAUGAACCCACUCUGUAUUUUGUCUCGCUCAGUCCUAUGAGGACCUCGUUCACCGUCUGGAGCCCGUAAUCAUGGAGCUGGAAAGACAGGAGAACGUUCUGGUGAUUUGUCAUCAAGCUGUGAUGCGCUGCCUGCUGGCCUACUUUCUCGACAAACCUGCAGGUACAGAAAUCUUCUUCUCAACUCGCAUUAUCAUGACACUUCAGCAGACUAAACAACCUCUUCUCUCUGUAGAUGAACUACCUUAUCUAAGAUGCCCCCUCCACACGGUGCUCAAACUCACACCCAUCGCCUACGGUAAGCAGUAGAUGCUUGAGUGAUGACAUACCUGAUCUCAGUAAACCUUUCUUCCUGACGGUCUGGUUUUCUCCUCAAUCACAGGGUGUAAAGUUGAAUCAUUUUUCCUCAAUAUUGAAGCCGUAAACACUCACAGAGAGAGGCCAGUGGUGAGUUUCCACCAGCACACAUUUGUCAUAAUAGACACUUUGGUUUGCCAACCGUCUGUCUGUGGCACAUUACUUACGUCUGUUGGCAGGCGGUCUGUUUUUCUACUUGUAUUGAUGAAAUUCAUACAGAAACACUCUGGGUUCACUUAAGAAAAAGAGUCCGCUCUGUUAGGGCCUCAAAAUCUCAGCAAUCUUAUUUUUUCACAAAAGCUUGUUGUAGCCCAGUAAGAGAUAUUGGUGGUUUUGCAAAUUAGGAUGUCAAUAAGAUGACAUCCUCAAGACGGCAGCUAAGAGAUUCUCUCACCUGUUCUGCUGCCGUCGCCUGGAUUGCAGGACAGACAAGAUCUUGGAGUUCAGUUCUCACAUCUGUGCGCCGAACCGUUAUUACGUCACUCUCUGUUUGAAAGUAACUUGAGACAAAGCAGGUGAGACUGUCAGCGGUUUGACGGCUGGAAGAGAAUUCAGUCAGGUGGAAGUUGGAGUGAGAUACUGCUGUCAGGGAGAGUUUGUCAGAGAUGCUAGUAAAGCAAAAGCGCUGGGAACGAACACUUUGGUAAGUCAUUAUAAUAAAGUUUACAUUUUUUUGACUCAGUAACAGGUUAAAAUGCCAGAAAUGAUCAUAAAUGUGUAGAAAUAUUUAUAAGUAUAUAAAAAGGAUAACACUGAUGUAAACCAAAGCUUGUAUGAGACUGAACUGUAGGCUGUAUAGAAAGAAAAUCACAGUUUAUGUACAUGAAGAUCCCCCUGUGUGUCUUGGGUCGUCUUUUUAAAUCACAGUUACUUUAUUACCUCUCUGAUUCGGCUCAUUUAUAGCCCUUAAAAUGACCCAUUUUCAAGAUGAAUUGGACGCAAAACAGGUGUUGAAAUAUCUCUUUCACUUACAUUUGAAUAAAAAAAAGCCACAUGCAUUUCUAGUGACAUAACUCAGGAGCCUGAUAAUCUGCGAACCUUUCACAUCUGCUAGUUAUUAGAGUAUUUAUGGAUUUGGCAGAUGCAGACGGUUCUCACAGGUUUUUACGCUGAUAUCUUUGCAGAAUGUCGACAUCAACAGAAACACGGACGAGGCUCUGCAGACCGUUCCCGACCACGUAUAA